CAAUUUUUGCAUGGUAUGACGUAUUCAUUCAGAUGUAAACAAAUCCGUUACGAAAAAAAAACUGGCAAGCAGUGAAGUAACUAGCUAGCUAUCCACGCCGGAAAGUAAUGGGAAUAAAUUUAGCCUUUUCUGGUGCUGGUUUUCUUGGAAUUUACCAUGUUGGAACAGUUUCGUGCCUUAAAUUCUAUGGUAAAAAGUUGUUAGACAAGGUCGAUCUUUAUGGAGGUUCUUCAGCUGGUGCAUUGGCAGCAUGUAUGUUGCUUUGUGACAUGAAUCUAGAAGAAAGUGUACAAUUUGUCAUGAAUACUGCACACAAAGUACACCAUAACUUUCUGGGUCCAAUUAGCCCUUCCUUUGACCCAUCAGCAUCAAUAAGAAAAACAUUUAUGAAAUAUUUACCAGAAAAUGCUUAUAAAAUUGCAUCUGGUAAAUUGCAUGUGUCCUUGACCAGAGUUUCAGACUGGAAAAAUGAGAUUGUCUCAGAAUUUGCUAGUAAUAAAGAGCUGGUUGAUGCUGUGGUGUGCUCCUCGUUUAUACCAUUUUUUUCUGGAAUGACUCCCCCCAAAUACAAAGGCGUACAUUACAUUGAUGGAGGGUUCACUGAUAAUCUACCACAACACUUUGAAGGAACAACAAUAACAGUUUCUCCUUUCAGUGGUGAAAGUGAUAUAUGCCCUGAUGAUGGCCACAAGACCAACGCGCAAUUUGAUAUGAGAAACACAAGUGUUCAAGUGACAGCACAUAAUGUAUAUAGAAUGGCAAAAGCAUUAUUUCCUCCUAACAGUGAUGUUCUUGCACAAAUGUGUCGACAAGGUUUUAGAGACACGUUGAAAUACCUCCAUAUUCAUUAUCCUGAAUUAUUAAAUGUUGAUUUUACUAUAAUCAGUAUACCACGCUGCUGCGAUCUGGCAUCCAGUGGCUAUGGUACAGAUGAUGAUGAUACCAGUACAUGCUCAUGUGGAGACAACUCACAUGCCUCUAUGUUAAGUGAUUUAGAACAUUAUAUUGCAACUAAAAGUACUAUGCACAGUUUAGUAUUUCCUGAACAAAUGAAUACAAUUCUUCAGGAAGCAAAGUUAAUUCUUAUCCAAGAAGGUGAUUUAUGUUGGUACCUGGUUUGUACGUUAUUCAAGAUUGCAAAAUGGUUAAUAUCACCAUGUUACUAUAUUUUCAAACACAUACAGCUGUUUGCAGAUGAAAUAUUGCAUGAGUUAUUGCCCAAAGUAAAAGAACUAAGUUGUUACAGCCCUUACACUGAGAGGUUGUUAAAAAUUGCUUUGGAAAUCUUUGAUGCAUAUAAAGGAACCGCUACCUGUGAAUGGCAUCCAAGCUUAAAAAAAGAAAGACAUUCAGAUAUACAAAGAAGAAAUGAAAGAUUUAUAUCUGCGAAAAAAUCCAUGGUUGCUUUUCCGAAAUCUAACUUAUCUGUGGCAUUGGACCUACGCAGCCGUGAAGGACAUGAAGCCCCUCCUCCUUCGAGAAUCUCCUCCACGGUUCAAAUAAAUGAAGUUGAGUUACCUCUUGAUAUGGAUAUGUUUUCACAUCAUGCUGAUUUCCUGUCGAGUGACAAUAAUGCAGAAAAAGAUGCACGUGAUGAUGAUGGACUUGUAAUGAGAAUUGACAAAGAAGAAAUAGUAAUGAGUACAUGUAAACAACACACGGAAAAUGAUGACUAUGGUAGUGAGUUGAUGUUAGAUUUACCAGUAUACGAUAUGGAAUGUUGUCAGACACAAUUCUUACGGGAACAUCAAAAGCGGAAGUCGUGGGAGGAGUUCUUGAUAUUAUAAAGUUUCAAAUAUGGGUGUGAAAGUAAGGUUUGUACGGUUUACUCUACGUUUUUUAUAUUUAAUAGCGUUUAUUUAUAUUUCGUUGUAUAUUACACGCUAUUUCGUUACCUAAUAUUUGUUGGACAAACAUAACAUUUGUACUCCAGAGAGAGAAUUCAAGAUUUCAAGCAAUUAUGUUCGUAAUAAUACUUUUUAGAUAGUCAUUAUUAUAUCUAAAAGUGAUUUUUAUAUCUUAUUGUUGUUAUUGUUGUCAUGUUUAUUUAUGCAAAUGAUCCGAUAUAUUAUUAUGUAUUAUAUUAACUUUGAAAGUUUACACAGGUUGAGUAGUCUUUGACUAUACACAUGACCUAAAUUAUAAAUUUAUAUAUUAUAAAUAUUCUACGUUAUAUGUUACUGUUUGCAUCUUCUCACAAGUACUUUAUAUAAAGUACUUUAUAUUCAGAUAAUAUUGUGAGCUGAAAUUUUAGCCACGAAAUGUUUAGACGAAUGUAUUUUCUAAGGAAAAAAUCAAAUGCUAAACUUUGUGUGACUCCAUACACAGGCUUUCUGUAUUCUAUUCAAUUAUUAGCUCGUCGAUUUUCAAAGCUAUUCUUUUAACCAACUUUGCAACCAAAACAUAUGUUUAAUGGCUGAAAUAACACCGUCUUAACAUCCCGCAAAAAUGUUUAACGGAUAAAAAAAACGUGUCGUAGGAUUUAAAACGACUUUAUUGUUAUGUUAUUUUGUUAUGAGAAUUCCACAUGACAUCGAGUAAUAUUUACACGAUUUGCAUUAUGUUUGUCGCAUUUUCCACUCCAACAUUUGGAACAAAUUUUAACUAUCGAGUCAAAGAUUUUUCUAUGAGGCAAAUUUAAGCAGGUUCGUUUAUACGGCUUGCAUUCAGCAAAACCAGACAUACGGGAGUCAUCAAGGCAGUCUAUUUGUUCUUAGUUUUUUAUCGAGUGACUUGAAUCGAUUUUGAACGUAUUUUCUCUCUUUAUCAAGCAAAGUCAGCUUGGAGUUUACCUCAAUUUGUGAGCCCUACUGUUAAUAUACAUAAAGGAUUAGUUUUUUCACUUCAAACUUUUUUGAACACUAUCCAAACCUUCAAAACUCCACGUGCGAAUGGGAGUAGUUAAGAUACUUCGAUGUAUAUAUUAUAUAUCAUUUGUACAAAUCAAAUAUUGUGAAUAGAUAUUAUUUUUUAUGUUUAUAUAUACUGAAAUUAAGUUCAUAAACGAUCGUCAUAAAUUGUGCGAUUCUCUUUAUUUUGAUAGAAUUUCAUUUUUAAUUUGAAGCAGUGCCCUAGUUAUCAUCCAGUUGGCAUUGAAAAAAACGCUCUACAAAUAUUUGCGGUAAAUAUUUUUUUCUUAAUCUU